GUGCCAGAAGAGGCGUGUGUUUAUCCCAGUGUGUGUGCUCUUAUUUCGCCCUGUCUGGUCCUGCUUUUCAGAAAAUUGCUAACGCCGCAUCGUCAAACUCAAAUUGGAUAGCAAAGUGAUGGGCUGCUGGCGGGAAGACGAGGCCAUGAUAGCACGAUGACCACCAGCCAACUAGUAUGCUUCGCUCUCUUCAGACUCUUCCUGCCAUUAUGUCUCGCCACCUUUGUGUCGGUGAGACAGAAUGGCCUGUCCCUGGUGUACCUGCUGCUGCUACUUUGCCUUCCGCUCUUCCCCGUUCCCACACAUGCCACCAUGAAAGGUCACACCGGCCGCUACCUGAAGGCAGUGAUUGGGUUAAGUCUGCUGAAUGUGAUCGCGCAAGUUGCCUUCCAAGUGCUGCUGCUGGCGAUGCCGCCCUACGCGCACUUCCUCACCAACUGCGAGUGGCUCGAGGUGUUGCUCCGUGCCCUCGGCCUUGUCCGCUUCGACGACAUCUCCUUUCCAGACGCGGCCCGUCUCAUUGGGCCCGACCUGGUCGCCCUAGUCGUGUCCAUCGUCGUGCUCGCCGUCUGCAAAGGCAUGUGCAAGCAGCCAGAUCCACCGCCAGUCCUCAACGAAGAGCAGCAGUCGAGCAAGAAUCUCGUCCACAUCCUUACCUCCUUGGGUAAAUUCGUUGCUUUGGGAUCAUUAUGCGUGGCGGGCAGCAUGCGUCCAUCUCUACCAGGCGCUGUCUACUUUGUUUGCUUUCUCGGCGGUGCCACUGCAUGGGCCUGUCGCAGUCCUCUCCAACGAGGAUUCGCCUUCAUGAUGAGGGGUUGCGUCUUCUUGGUGGUGCUGCACGUCCUCACCCUCUUCACCUAUCAGGUGGAGUGGUUCCAGCAGAUCGACGGACUCGGGCCCUCAAACCUCACCGCAAGACUGCUUGGCUUGACUCCGUGGACGUCAUCGUCAUGUGAAGAGCCGAGACAUGUACACAUUAUAGAUUCCGAGUGGGCCACCUUCGUGAAUCCACUGGUGCUGAUUUGGCUCUACUAUAUCCUCAUCUACGAGUCGAAAAUGAUCCUGGACCCAGCCGAGGUGGAGGUUGGCUUGCGUAAGGAAAUGUCCAACGGGCCGCUGUCACUGGGCAGCAGCAAGCAAAACUCGCUUCUGCGGCGCCAGGGCAGCAACUCGCUGAACCACAAAAGGCAAACCUCUCGCAGGAGAACCCUCAGGUGGAAGGGACCCAACGCCCUGGCCAACCAGCGCAGACUCAUGAAGGGCCAGACACCAUCAAACUACGAGGCCGUGUCUUCGGAAGGCCCAAAUGCGGCUAACGGCACCAGCCAAGAGGGCAGCGCCGUCAACCUGCAGGACUCGACAGGUAGCAGAAUUUGGUGUCCCGAUGAUAUCGCGUUGAAACCUAUCAAAAAUAAUGAAAGCCAACUUCUCGGUCAGGGAGAACGUUUCGAAGAUGCCUUAGAGGAGCAAGAAGAAACCAGUGUCUUUGAAAUACUUUUAGAUGCCGUCCUUAGCUUGUUGAACAUGAUAAUUCGUUCCUCCUACAUCGCCACCAAUAUUAUUAUGAUGGCCUGGAGCAUAGCUUACCACAGCUGGCUGACUUUUGUCCUUCUACUGUGGGCCAGCCUGCUGUGGAUCACUCCAAACCAAAGACGAGCCAUGUUGCGCUGCUCCCCAGCCCUGGCAGUUUACGCACAACUUUUACUUAUUGCCCAGUACAUUUACAGUCUGGACCUGACUAACGAGGAGUUGCCUGAGGCAGUCGAUUGGGUCAACCUGAGACAAAUCGGUCUCAUCAAGCCAGACACUUUGCCUGUCAAGCCCCUAGUUGUAAAAAGUCUGUUCACACUCAUGUUUUGGGUGACUUUGCGGCAGUACAUGCAGGAACGAUACGAGGCAAAGCACUCGUCGGCUCUCGUCGGGGGCGUAGCAGAGCCGUUCAACAUCACGGUGACCACUACUGCCAGCGGGCUGACAUCAGGUCUGCAGAGCAAUGAGUUGGCCGAACCAGCAGAGUCACAACAGGCGGGCGGCAAGUCUCAAAUGAUGAACCGGGUCGGUUCCUGGGUGCAGGGCUUUCUCACCAAGUUCUGGAUCUGGGUGGUCGCCAUCAUGCUGUUUGUGAUUGGGCUUGGCUCUGGACAGGUGGUCCUCUACCGAAUCGUCUACAUGGCUCUCUUUCUCAUCUUUGUACUCACAUUCCAAUUAUCAUAUCGGAUUUGGCGGUCCAUGAUGUACGGCUUCUGGCUGACUGUGAUAGUCUACUCAAUGCUAGUCCUCGUCAUGAUCUACACUUAUCAAUUCGACAAUUUUCCCGCUUACUGGUACAACUACACCGGCAUCCCUGAUGAGCUGCAACAUGAUAUAGGCCUAGAAAUCUAUGACACGGGCUCACUCUUUGUCCGGCUGCUGACACCGACCUUCUUUGUCAUCAUCACCGUAAUUCAGCUGCACUACUUCCAUAAAGACUUCCUAGCAAUAUCAGACAUUCGAUACAGGGUUCUAACCGACAAUGAUCCAGAGAGCGGACUCAAUUCCUUGACUACUCCUGUUCAGCCGACAGGGCCACUGACCAAACCCAAAAAGCUACCUCUGGAGGAGCCAAUCACUCCAAAAGACUUGUCAUAUGAGGCCAUCAGAAAAAUGUCCACGGCACAACUGGCCAAACUGGCGAACCAGACCAAAAACCUUGCUUACGAGCUGCAAGAACUGCUGUGGCGUCUGCUCGAGCUGCACAUGGUGAAAAUCACCCUUAUCUCUGUGAUGCUCAUGGCUGUCAACGAUGUGUGUGGGGCGCACGCGAUUCUUGUUGUCCUGAUUGUCGCUGCAAUGCCUCUGGGCACCAGUUUGCAGAGGGCGUUGCUGCACGUCUGUUCUGGCUUGGUCUGCCUGCUUAUUUUGACUCAGAUGACUUACCAGAUCAAAUACAUCAACCACUCAUACUGGGACGUCAACUGCACAAACCUGCCUCUUUGGAACUCUAGCUCUGCCAAUGAAAGCUUCCACAUGAACGAUGCUGAGUGGCUCGGAUUGAAAAAGUCGUCCAGCCUGCCAGAACUGCUUAAAGGCUACAUUGGUCUGGUGCUGGUGUUCACGUUCCAGGCCGUGGUGCGAACUCGGCAGCAGUACCAGCGGCGGUCAACAAUGAGCUCUGACCCGCCGUCAUCGCCCACGUCCAGGGAUACCUCAUCGACUACGUUCACACCCAUUCCCGUCCUUUUUGGUGGCGUGUCUCGAGCAAACGCGGAUGAUGGACUGCUGCCGUGCGCUAAGUACCUCCUCAAUUACGGCUUCUACAAGUUUGGCGUCGAGGUGUCGCUGAUCAUGAUCGUCAUCCUGAUUGGCACGCGACUCGACAUGUACUCCAUCGUCUACUCUGUAUGGCUGGCAUUCCUGUUCAAGAGACAGAGGACUAAACUGAGUCUCGUGUGGAAGUGGUUCAUUCUCUUUGUGUGUGUGCUCACUCCGCUGCAGUAUCUUCUCUGCGUUGGCCUGCCACCUGGGUUAUGCAUUGAUUGGCCUUGGGACAACAGUGAAACCCUGAGACGUCUGCAGAUUUGGCUCUUCAUGUCCGAUUACGUCCACCCUCCAGAGUGCCAGAAACUGAUAUGUGACUUUGUGGUUUUGAUGCUAAUAUGUCGGCAGCAGAUUGUGUUCAGGGUGGAAAGAUCGUCUGACUCUUCCACUUUUAUCGGAGGCAGCAACGCCGAAGUUUUUGACCAGCUCGACGACUUGGAGGACAAUCCUGUCCCUGACUUCAUCACCUACACCAAGUCUUUGUUGGACAAUAUGAAGAGGGGCGUCCUUCGACACUCCUACUGGUUCACCUUGAUAAUCGUCCUCGUCACUGGCGUGAACCGAAACAACAUCUUCUCCCUGGGCUACUUACUGGGUGCCUUCAUCUUUCUGCACUUUGGCAACGACAUCUACCUCUUCCCUGUCAGAAGGAUACUCUACUUUUGGAAUAUCCUGCUCAGCUAUAAUGUGGCUGUGAUUGGCCUCAAAGCAGUGACUCAAAUGCUUGGCUGCCUAUUCGUUCAGGAAUUGCAAACUCACGCCUGCUGGUUUGUACAGUUAUUAAGCAUAACGUGCCUAAGCAAAUUCGGCAGCGAGACGUCAAGGGCAAACGUGAGGGACACUGGCGAGUGCACCGUGUCGGCAGACCAAACUGGCCUUGUGUGGGACGGCGUCUGUUUUUGCUUUUUGCUGUUGCAAAGGAGGCUUUUCUCAAGCUACUACUUUGCCAGAAUCGUCGAUGAGGCCAAGGCACAGACCAUCCUCGCCUCCAGAGGAGCGGAGUUGAUCGAGCAACUGAGGAAAAAGAGAGUAGCUGCUCAGAAGGAAGAGGAGCAACGAGUGCUGGACAAGAUCAGGACCAAAAUGGAGAGAAUCAAGGAGAACCAGCGCAAGAUGCAGGGCGAAAACUACAGGGAGCCACAGUCACAUCAAAGAGAUGUUUUCAAGCCAGGGGUAUUGCAAAGACGUCAAUCAAAAAAAGUGAAAGCGAUCCGCUCUGGUGACUACUACAUGUUUGAGGACUUUGAUGACGACCUUCUGGAUUUGAGCCUGGACCCAGCUCGGGCGACGGUCGAGGACGUUGACGACGAGGAAGAUGAAAACAAAGUCACUGUCAGCAAGUACCCUGUGUACCCGUACGUGCUGAUCGCAUCCCCCUACCUGCACUGCAACCGCUUUCGCAUUCGCAAACUCCCCUCAUCAUCCCACACCUCGUCUCUUCGUCCGCAGUUGCUCAGUACCGCUCUGAAGACGGACAUCGAGACUGCCGCCGACCAAGCACUGGUGGCCAACCUCCAGGAUUCGCCCAUUCCCAUGGCUGACGAGCCCACCCCCAUGCCCAGAAGGAGGAAAAAGAGCUCCGUCUCUUAUCUCUCGGGCAGAUCCGAGCUGGGUCAGCCUUCUACGAGUGUGAGUGCAAGGUCCAGCUUCCAAUCAACCCGCAUUCCACCCCUAAACGAAGACGACGAACCCGCAUCUCCGUCUCCUCCCCCUCCACCUCCAGGAGGCUCUGGUGGUGCCACUGCAGAUGGAGAGGAUGCAAAAAUCAAGGAGGAUAGCUGGGCAAGCAAACUGUUCGUCUACAUGAAAUUUGUCUGGGCCCUUCUGCAGAGUGGCGUCGUCAGUGCCACUAAGCGACUCAACAAACUGUCCAGAGAUUACAGAUACGUGGCACAGUGCCUGGAAGCAGAAACCCUUUCUCUCAAGGAAAAAGGGGACUACAGGAUUGGAACUCGGGUUGAUCGAGGCAUGUGGCGACCCCUUCCUUCAGUUCUGCCAGAGAAAGUAGAAGGAAGCGCUGGUUUGGAGAUCAGAAUUGUGGGUGCGAGCGACGAAGCCACUUUGAAUGUGGACCACGAUGGAAACGCACAGCAGGAAGCCGUUUGCGCCGAUCCCAGCAGCGAGGAGAAAAUUGUGAUCCCAACUAUUAAAAUUUGGGCAGCCAGUCUUGAGCGAGGCCUUGACUCGGACAGAGCGGACAGCCCGAUAUCCAUAUCAGACAUCGACGGUCGCGGAACCGCCUUCCAGAAGGACGGAGAGCCGACUUCUCUGACUACCGCCCUUUUCCACGCGUUGUGGUUCGCCGUUCUCGCGCACUCAGAACUCGUGUGCUACGGCAUGGUGUUUUUGCACCAGGUAAAAUCGGCGUCCAUCCUCUCGCUGCCGCUACCACUGAUGGUCUUCCUCUGGGGCUCGCUCUCAGUGCCCCGACCAUCAAAGGUCUUCUGGGUCACUAUCAUCGGAUACACUGAGUUAGUGGUGGUUGCCAAGUACCUGUGCCAGUUUGAGUACCUGCCGUGGAACCAGCAGGCCAUCCCCUACAACCAGCCCUUCUGGACGCCCAGGAUCAUCGGAGUGGAGCGCAAGGAGGUGUACGCCCUGUACGAUUUGAUGCUGCUGCUGGUCGUAUUCUUCCAUCGCUUUAUGCUCAAGUCGCUGGGCCUGUGGGGCGACUGCGACGACACCAAAUCCGUGGAAACACAAGCUGAGAGCUGCAGCAGCCCCGCUACAGAGAUCGCAAAGUCGCCUGAGCCCUCACUGAAGUCCACUUCUGUAAGGGAGGAGGAGACCAGCGAAAUAUCUUCAGCGCCCGCCGAGGGCUGCGGCACCGCGGUCACCAAUAGAGUAAUAAAGACGGCUGCCAACUUGCCAGCACCCUUGAAACAAGCACCGAAAAAGCUUUUCUCAAGCAUUAUGCAGUUCUUUGCAACCCUUCUUGAGCCGAGCAGCAGAGUUACUGCUGACGUGUACGCCUUCAUGUUUAUGUGUGACUUCUUCAACUUCAUGGUGGUCAUCUUUGGCUUUGCCUCAUUUGGUACUCAGCAAGGAGACGGUGGCGUGUCUGCCUACCUUGAGGAAAACAAGGUGCCGGUGGCCUUUUUGGUCAUGCUGAUCCUCCAGUUCGCCUUAAUGGUCGUUGACAGGGCCUUAUUCUUGCGCAAGUUCAUACUAGGCAAGAUCAUGUUCCAAGUUGGCCUUGUCUUUGGCGUUCACCUUUGGAUGUUCUUCCUUCUGCCUGGACUCACUGAAAGGCCUUUUAGCGGAGCUCUACCUCCUCAGAUUUGGUAUUUAGUGAAGUGCCUUUACCUGCUGCUCUCAGCCUACCAGAUCAGGUGUGGCUACCCAACGAGGAUCCUUGGAAAUUUCUUGUGCAAGAAGUACAACUACCUCAACAUGUUCCUCUUUAAAGGGUUCAUGGCUGUGCCAUUCCUCUUUGAGCUGCGCACCUUGAUGGAUUGGAUGUGGACCAAGACCAGCAUGACUCUCGGCGAGUGGAUCAAAAUGGAAGACAUCUUCGCCCACAUUUUCCAGUUGAAGUGUCAAAGAAGGGCAGAGGCUGCCUACCCGCGCCCUCCUGGAGAAGAGCAGCGUCCCUUGAUUAAAUAUGUAGUCGGCGGAUGCUCUCUGCUGGUGGUGAUCUUCAUCAUCUGGUUCCCAAUGGUGCUGUUCGCUCUCGGAAACACGGUUGGCCAGCCCAAUCUGCCCUAUGACGUCUCUGUAGAACUCACAAUUGGACCGUACCAGCCGGUUUUCCGCACUUCAGCUCAAAAUAGCUCUCUUGUCCCAUUCUCUGAGAGUAACUGGGAAGCUAUGAGCAACGUCUACAAAAGAGACAGGGCGGCUCAGACGUUCCUCUCCAACUACGACUGGUCUGAUGUGCAGGUGGCAAAAAUAGACAACUUCUCCAUGUCCGUGUGGACGAUAUCUGAGCAGGCACAGAAGAAGAUGAUGGCUUUGGUCCUGUCUGAUGAGCCCUUGCUCGUUAAAUUUUUGUGGACGGUGUCUAGACACUCAGACAAUCCUGCCGUCGUGCCCAUAGUAACUGAAACGCAGACAAACUUUUUGGCGUCCACUCUUCCCAACGGGGAACGGAAUCCUGAGCGACUGACCCUGGCCAACAUGCUGAACGACACGUUCAACGGCACAAUUCGGCCGUUGCGAUUGCAAAACCUCUUCCCAAAGUUUGUCAAAGUGUCUAACCGGGGCAAAGCCACUGUCGUCACGCAAUUGAUGAAACAGAAAGAUAGCGCAGAAGAAGCAUACCGAGACCUUUUGCUGACCUUAGACAGAGAUGAGGAAAACAGGGAACAUUGGUGGGAGGUCGGGGAAAGCUGCACCGACAAUGAAUACAGGGACACUUUGUCCCACCUGCCCUUGAACGACCGCUGCAGGUCGCUCCAGAUGUACACAUUCAACGACAAAGCGUUCCCAGCCGGCCUCAGCUUCUUCUCUGGUGGCGGCAUCAUCGGAUUGUACACCACUCUUGUUUUGGUGGCCUCCAAGUUUAUGCGCGGCUUCUUCUCUGGAGUUUGCUUCACAAUCAUGUUUGAUGACUUGCCAGAUGUAGAUAGGAUUCUUCAGUUGUGUCUGGACAUCUAUCUGGUGCGAGAAUCUGGCGAACUGAGCUUAGAGGAGGCGCUUGCAGCCAAGUUGAUAUUCCUGUUCCGCUCUCCUUCGACAUUGAUUAAAUGGAGCAGGCCAAGGGAGGAGGAAGAAGGCUCGGAGGCGUCGAGCGACGAAGACGUGCGCUCAAGACAAGGCAGCAGGCAACAAGCCAUCAUGCAUUAGUUACUUACCAAAGAUUUAAGUCAUUUUGUUGCAUUGAAUUCAAUUUGAUCAUGUGUGAGAAAGCAAUCACCAUCGAAUACUCGUUUUUAAAUCGAUGCCUACAGCGGUGCAAUAAUUUAUUAUUAUCAGGUGCACUUGUGUUUUUUUUAUAUACUUUCUUUUCUUUUGAGCGAUAUAUUCAGUCUUCACGCAUUUUAAGGAAUGUACCUCGACGCACAAAUAAAUUUCAUGUAUACUAGGCGUAAUAUUUAUUAGCUUUUUGUCAAAUCUGUAGCUCGGGCAUUUAUCUGAAGCCUCUGUGAGUGUUGUAAUUGACUCGAUUAAAUUAUAUCAUGUAUCUUGUCUAGCUGUAUUUGAAUGUUUGCAUGCCAAUCAUUUUUUACUUAUGUACUGAAUAAAACUAUUUACCGCUUAUAUCUUGA